AUGGAAAACACCUCAAAACUCCAAGAAAGAGAGAACCCAUCUUCCAUAAACUCUCCAGCUAGGAAUGUCAUCAACGAUGUGAGCAACAGUAGCAGCAAUAGCAAUGGCCUCCAAAAUCCCACCCCACCUCUUAUACCAAAAGCCAUCCCUAGAUCUGACUCCAACCCCUACCCGACAACCUUUGUCCAAGCAGACACCUCCACCUUCAAACAAGUUGUCCAUAUGCUCACUGGCUCACUAGAGACUGCCAAACCAUCGUCGAAACUGAACCAAGCCCCAUCCAAGAACCAUAGCAUACCUCCCAUUAGGACUACACAAAAUAAGCAACAAGGGUUCAAGCUCUAUGAGAGGAGGAACAACCUCAAGAUCAGCCUCAUGAUCAACACCUUCAUGCCAAACUUUUCUCACAAUCCAGAAAACGAGAGAGCGGCAUCGUUUUUUCACUGCAAUGGAUUUUGA